AUGUCAUCAUCUUCAUCCGAUGGACUCGAAGAAACAUUGGACGAACUUUUCGACGAAAUCUUGGAAUAUACAUACAACGACAUAGUGGAGGCUCAAACCAGUAAGCAAAGGAAAUGGGCUUACAUAGAACGAAACCGUGAAGCGGGACACGACCGUUUAUGGAAUGACUACGUCAGCGAAUAUUCGACAUUCUCGGCACAUUUAUUCAGACGCCGUUUCCGCAUGAAUAAGGAAUUAUUCUUGCGUAUUGUCCAUGACCUCUCAAAGAACGUUCCAUUCUUUCGACAAAGAAGAGAAGCAACCGGGAGGUUUGGUCUUUCUCCACUACAAAAAUGUACGGCAGCUAUUUGUCUGCUUGCUUAUGUUUUUGCGGCUGGCACGGUAGACGAAUAUCUCCGACUUGGUGAAAGCAUGGCACUUUCGUGUUUACACCAUUUCACUGACGGAAUAAUACAGUUAUUUGGAGAUGAGUAUCUACGAAGACCAACACCAGAGGAUCUUCAACGACUGCUCGAUAUUAGAGGAAACACGGGUUUCCUGGGAUGGUAG